UGUUUCAAACCUUUACAGAUCCCCGUCUAACUCUUCUGACUGCCCGUAACUCGUAACCCGUAUUCUACUGACCUACUCGCAAAACUUGUUUUCUCUCAACUAUCUUACCUUCGAUGUUAUCUCAAUCAUUUACACCCGGAGCUGAUCUCUUGCCUAAAGAAAUUCUGAGGCACCCUUUUGUAAUAGAUAUCAUUACAAAGGCUCUAUUGAAAACAGAAGGGGACUACAUUCCCGAAUUGUCCGAAUGGCCAGAUGGCACUAGGAGUGAUGUGGUCCUUGCACACAAUCCGCCGACAAGGUUUGUUGAAUUCCAACGUGUUGUGGACAAGACUUUCAUGCAAAGGGCUAUGGGUACUGCCUUCAGGCGAGCAGAAGGGAGCCAAUCAUUUUGAUCUUUUGCAUCCAAUCGACUGCGGUUUCUGUAAGGGAAUGCUUUGAAAAACGUGAUGAUUUGCCUUGUUAUGUCGUGCGAUUUGUGGGCAAAUCAAUGCUAUGUUAUCGACAAUAGUAUUCAAAAUCAUAUCCAACGAUAAUCUGU